UCCAGUGUCACUUAUCAUCUCUUCUGAAUUAGUUCCAACUCUUCUGUUUGCACUUGAUUUGCAAAUUCAACUAGGUCCAACAAUGUACAUUAAUCUGGCUCCAGUGUCAGCUCUGGCGAGUGACAAGGUACAGCUGAGCACUUUCCCGAGGGUGGACGCGAUCCCCCGUCGGGAAUGCCACCCGCGUCUCCCGGUGCUGGUGCGCGUCGCCGUGCCGGCGACGGCGGCGCGCCGUGCACCGGUUGACCUCGUCACCCUGCUCGACAUCAGCUGCGGCGGCGGCGGCGGCGCGCCGGCGAGGAGGCUGGACCUGCUGAGGAAGGCGAUGGACCUCGUCAUUGGAAACCUCGGCGCCGACGACCGCCUCGCCAUCGUGCCGUUCCACUCCUCCGUCGUCGACGCCACCGGCCUUCUCGAGAUGUCCGUCGAGGGACGGGGCGUCGCGAGCCGGAAGGUGCAGUCGCUGGCCGUCGCCGGCGGCACCAAGCUGUUCCCGGCGUUGAACGCGGCCGUCGAGAUCCUGGAGGCGCGGUGCUGGGAGGCGAAGCGCGAACGCGUCGGCGCCGUCGUCCUCAUCUCCGACGGCGACGACCGCACCAUCUUCCGCGAGGCCAUCAACCCCAGGUACCCCGUCCACGCCUUCGGCUUCCGCGGCGCGCACGACGCGAGGGCCGUGCACCACGUCGCCGACCACACCUCCGGCGUGUACGGCGUCCUCGACGACGAGCACGACAGGGUCACCGACGCGUUCGCGGCGUGCGUCCGCCGCGUCACCUCCGUCGUCGCCGUCGACGCGCAGGUCGACCUCACCUGCGGCGCCUACUCCAGGGCGUCGCUCCUGGCCGUCGAGAGGAGCGGGGACCACAGGGCCCACGUCGACGAGGACCGGAGGUCCGGGUUCAUCUACGCCGGCGCGCUCUGCGCCGGCGACGUCAAGAACUUCCUCGUGUACGUCGACGUCGACCGGGAGGCCGACGGCGGCGGCGUCACCGAGCUGCUCACCGCGCACGGCACGUACAUGGACGCGGCGAGGAGGAAGGAGACGACCGUGCACCUGGACGAGCGGAUGGCCGUGGUGCAGAGGCGCGACAAGGUCCCCGACGUGUCCCGCGACGUCGCGGCGGAGCUGGUCCGCGUCGACACGGUCAAGAUGGUCGCCGUCGUGCUCGACAGGUUCAAGGACAAGGGGAGCGCCGCCGCCGCCAUGGAGCUCCGUGAGGGGUGGUGCCGCGUCAAGGCCUCCGAGGACGCGCGUGCCGCCGGCGCGGCGAGCCUCGCCGUCCUCGAGAGGGAGAUCGAGGAGAUGGAGGCCAGCCUGGUCCGGUGCACCGGGCUGUCCACCAUGCUCUCCUGGCUCAAUCGCCACAAGCUUCAGCUGCACACCGCCGCCGCCGCCGCCGCGACGGCGAGGGUUUCCCCGGCGCCACCGUCGUCGUCCAACGUGGUGGCGGACGCUAUCACAGCCGGCGAGGGGCACGUGAAGGAGGUUGCUGGCGUCGCCGUCGUCUCCGGCGGUACGAAGCGCAAGUGCGUGGAGAUGGACAUGAUCGAGGAGAGGCUUGCCUACUGGUCCAAGGUGAAGCACGACCUGCCGCUCAUGUUCCCGGACCACGCGGCGGCAGCGGCGACGGCGGCGGCGGCGGCGGCGGCGGAGGGUACGGCGAGCACCGGCGACCACGUGGCGGCGGUGUUCCGCGACGCCUCGUUGGAGACCAUCAACCGCGCCAUGUUCCACGACGUCUACUUGGCGGUUCUACAUGCCAGCACCGUGAGGCAUUGCGGCCAGACUUCACAGUCAACGGAGCAUCCACAUCACGAUCAAGAUGAUUCUUAACUCAUCAGUAGACUCCCUCCGUCUUCUAAUACAAGAGAUUUUAAUAUUUUACUUGUACUAUUUAAUCAUUUGUCCUAUUUAAAAUUUUUUUAUAAUUAAUAUUUAUUUUAUAUGUGACUUAUUUUAUUAUCCAAAGUACUUUUUGUUUUUUAAAUUUGUAUAAUUUUUUUUAAAUAAGACAAGUGGUCAAAUAGUGCAAGUAAAAUGUCAAAAUCCCUUAUAUUAGGAGAUGGAGGGAGUAACUAAAUUUAAAAAAAUGUUCAGUCGCAUCAGCUUAAUUAUCGUUUAGUAAUAAAUUGAGAUAAUCCCUUAUAUGCCACUGAAAAUUGGUCUGAUCCCUUAUAUGCCACUGAAAAUUGGCUCUUCCCUUAUAUGCCAUUGGUCUAAAUUUGUGCACCCUCUCAUGCUACUACUGUCAGUUGACCGUUAACUCUCAAGUAAAAAAGACAUAUUUGCCCUCUCUAAGUUGUUAGGCAUGCCCUAUACUUAGAAGGGUAAAUACGUCUUUUUUUCUUGAGAAUUAAUGGUCAACACACGGUCAACUGACGGGAGUGGCAUGAGAGGGUGUGCAAAUUUGGAUCAAUAGCAUAUAAGGGAAGAGCCAAUUUUCAAUGGCAUAUAAGGGUUCAGACCAAUUUUCAGUGGCAUAUAAGGGAUUCUCUCUAAUAAAUUAGUGUCUCUAUUUUGUUAUGGAGAAGAAGAGAACAAUCCUUAACUACAUGUAUUUGUUAUUUUCCCCAUAUCCACUGUUUCGAGGUAGAUGGAUUAAAUAUU